UGAAGUUUAUUUUUUCAGACCGGAAGUAAAAAGUUCUGAAGCAUCGAAAAUGAAAAUAGACAAAGAUAAUGCUUCUUUCAACAAGACAUAGUGAGUUAUUUCAUCACACAACUUUAAAAAAAUUUAUUUGUAAAUAUCUGAGGGGUAACUUUUGAACAUCUGAUGGAAAUAAAAUGUCCUCCCCAACACCAAGGAAAGAUAGAAGACAGAAAUGGUGGUCAGAAAAACAAAAGACGAGAGCAACUAAAAGAGAAGGAUUGAGACCAAAUCCUAGUGCUGUUGACCAUUUUGUAAUAACAACUGAAAAUAAAGGAGGAUUUAAACCGUCAGACCAAAUCAAGAAAGUGUUAUCGUCAGAUCACCAAACCCCAUUGAAAGCAUCACCAAACUCACAGAAAACAGCCAAAUCAAAAGUGCAAGACAAAGUUAAAAAUAGUACAGACAAGAAGGCAAGCAAAAAGAAUGAUAACAUAAAACAGGAAAGUGACAAUACAUCAGAUACCAAACCAAAGUUAGAAACAAACUACGUUUUAUUUAUUGGAAAUUUACCUUACAAUGUAACUAAAGAAGACCUAGAGGAACACUUUAGAAAAACAGGAGGAGUGAAGAAGGUUAGAAUACCUCAGGAAAAAGCUAAACAACGGUCUAGAGGAUUUGCUUAUAUUGAAUUCAAAGACAGAAUAAGCCAUGGUAUUGCCUUACGACUUCACCACACAACAUUAGGGGGUAGAAAAAUUAAUGUAGAAUUUACAUCUGUUGGUGGAAAUAACCAGAAAAGAAAAGACAAGUUAAAACAGAAGAAUGAAUCUUUAUCAAAGUUUAAGAUGCCAUUAGAUUCAUAACACACCAUAAAUGGAUUGGUGAUAACAAGAUUUGGUGUUGGCUUUAAAGAACUAUACAUUGUACUAGAUAUAAUGUGUCAUGUCAAACAACAUACAUGUUUAAUUCAAAACUAUAAACUUUAUGUGCAACAUCAUUUUAACAUGAAGUGUUUGAUAAUCUGUGAUCUGUCACAUUUCACUUAUCUUUAAUUUUAUUGGUAAAAAAAAAGUCAAGGUUAUAUAAACAUUGAUGAACAGCAGUGGUUUAUCCAAACCUGUAUGAAACUUUCUGUAGGUUAUAAACCAGACAAAUGGUUUAUUCAAAGGAGAACUAGAUAUAAAAAAUACACAAAUAGAGUGUUAAAUUUUUUAAACCUUGUUUAUAAGGAUUUUUGUUUUGAUGUGUGAGUCAUUGUUGAACAUUAAGAACCUUUUUAUUUAUGACCCUACUAAAAGGGUGUUUAAAGACCUUAAUUUAUCAUGAAGGUCUCACUCUAAUGUAUAUAUUUUGGUGCUAAGUUUGUUUUUUUCAUUGUUAUUUGUUAUCAUUUUUGGUUUUUAAUUGCAUUUUGAUAUAUCUUUUGGAUCAGAUUUAUACAGAUCUUUUAUAAUUUUUCAGUUUAAUAAUUGUUUUUGUUAAGUAGACAUUAUGUAAAAAGAGGAAGAAGAUACUAAGUGUCCAACAACAAUAUUCUCAAAGUAAAACAGGCAACAACAAAAACAUUGAAAAAACUGAACUCUAUACAGAAAACUAAAGAUUGAGCAUUUAAUACAACCCCC